AUGGGAAGUCCAAUACUUCAUGUCAUAGUCGUUGGAUUUCAUCACACUAAAGGCAGCCAGGUUAGUUUAAAAAAAUAAUUGAGCGUUUACUAUUUGUUUUUUAAUAGCAAGCUUAAUUUUAAUGUUAAAUUGCCUUUUGUAGGUGGAGUAUUGUUACCCGCCCAUUAAUGAAUCAGAAGACGAAAUAGAAUUGCCUGAUCAAUGGGAAAACCUCCCGAACCUUGCCAUGCCUGAUGGGUCUCAUAAUUCGUUGGAUGGAGGUAAGUAUUCUGUAAGAUAGUGUAUCGUAAUUUCGAUUCUAAGCUUACAUUUUUAGUUUUUUUACAAGUCAUAUCAAUAAAACCAGUAAAAUGCCAUAACUUUAGACACGGUUUACUUUACCUUACCCGCCUUGGACGAGUGUUGUAACACGGUGUUCGGAAUAGCCUGUUAUCGUCAUAUUGACAGUGACAAACUUCUUCAGAAGGAUUCAGAAGUCACUCGAAGUCAUGUGCAGAAAAGUGUAGUUGUAUUAUCUCGUGUUCCUCUGUAUGGCAAUCUACGAGCCAAAUUGGAGUUGAUAACCGAAGCCUACUUUAAUGAAAAAGACUUUACAAAAGUCGAGGUACUACAUCAGACGUUUGACAACUUGACCGACCUUUUUACUUAUGACUUACUGGAUUGUCAGGCCAUUUACAUGGGUGAGAUUACACAUUGAUUAUAAUGUAAAAAUGCUUUGAUAUAAGGCCUGGCUUGGUUUCAUUAGAGGUUGCUGUAAUUUGUAAAUCUUUAUAGGAAUUCCUUUGAACGCUCUUCUAAGCGCCUUCAAACAUCAUACUCUCGAACUGGUAAAGAUAUUGUUGUUGGAAAAGAAAGUGAUAUUCGACGUCACACCCACCAGCAAGUUGAGUGAUGUUCUAAUGAGUCUCAUAUCUCUGUUACCUUGUAAGUCUUCUCAUUAUAAUAUUAAUCUUAACUUUUAGGCAUGUUAGAAGAAGGGCUGGUUGAAGCGGCAUCUCAAUCCUGUAGUAAAUCUGACAAUAUCAAAGUAAACAAGUACGGGUUCCCCUUGAAUAUCUUUACAAAGGUUUGUCAUCUCUAUGAAUAGGGUAUUGAUUGAUGAACUCAAUUAAUAGUAAAACAAUUUGAAACCGUUACAGGGAUAUCUCUUCCAUCCGUACUUAAGUGUGAAUUGGAUUGAGAAUUUGAGAUUGCCGUCUGUUCGUGGAUACUGUAUUGGGGUGACCAACUCAAUAUUUCGGUCGAAUAAGGACUUGUAUGAUGUUUAUGUUUCGAUCGACUCAAAUGGAGUAGGGUCUAUCAAUAUCAAUGAUCCCAAGCUGGAGAAACAGGUUGCCUUAACGACUCAAGACAUCAGAUUCAUGCAGAACAUCCUUCAUUCGGUCGAGAAUUCCGUUCCUUCAGGUAAACAAAUUUGUAAUACAUUUACUUGACUAGUAAAGUAGCACCCGUUUCUGCUAUUUUAAAUAAAGCUGACCUUGUUGGUUUAGAUUUUACCGGCAAUGAUGAUUGGGUACGAGUACAAAUUUACUCGUACAUAUGUUCUUUGCUGAUGGUAGGUAAAGAUGGACUAACUGAACAUUAUAAUGAGUACAACACCGAGUUUUUAACAGCGUGGAAGGAUACCCAUAACUUCAAAGUCUGGAGCGCGGCCCAAUAUGAAAAGAUGCCUGACGUAGUUCUGGAGUACGUUUUUUUAUGAUUUUUUUCUUCUCUCUCGUAUACGAUAUUUUUACAUUAUGAUAAGAUUUAAUACAUCAUAAAUGAUUUAGACACCCUUGUACUGGUCCAGUUGGUGCAACAGACCUACUGCUAUUAGUGGGACGAAAGAUCAACAGUAGUGGGCAAGGCAGGAAAGUGAUAAGCACGUUGAACACCACAGCCAAGUAUGUUAGCGAGCAAGGUAACCGACUAAAGUCAACCUUCUCAACGUGGAUGAAUAGAGCAACGUAA